CCCGUGGCCUGUGCAGCAUUGCUAAUUCAUCACGCCGAUAAAAAAGGGGGUUCUGAAGAGUUGGAAGGGAGGCGAUUAUGGAGGAGGAUCGGAGCUAUGGGAUCGACCUGGGCAACCUCUUGGCUUUCGACCCUCAUCACCACUUCCCUUCUACCCCCUCUUCCAGGAAAGAGCUAGUGGGGGAAUGUCUACGAGAGGGGACCAAGCUAGUCCAAGCAAUUGCAGAUGCUCUUUUUAACUUACCUUCCACUGAGGACCUAGAUGGCCCUCUUGUCAAAUUGCCUUCACCAACGACAAGGUUGCCCAGAGAGAAGCAUCUUCCGAAGCCCAAACCUCCUACAAAAUGGGAAUUGUUUGCCAAAAAGAGAGGUAUAACAAAACGCAAAAAAGACAAGAUCACUUACGAUGAACAAACUGAUGCUUGGAAGCGUCGCCAUGGCUAUGAUCGUGUAAAUGAUGACAAAUAUGUUCCCAUCAUUGAGGCCAAGAUGAGUGAUGAACCUGGAGAGGACCCAUUUGCCAAGAGAAUAGGAGAUAAGAAGAAGCGAGUAGAAAAGCAAGAGAAGAAUCGAUUGCAGAAUCUGAAACAAGCUGCAAAAGUUGGUGCCUUGCCAAGCCAUGUUCAACUGGCUGCUACAGCCUUACCCAUUACAGGAACUCAAGUUGCACCCAAGAAAGUUGGCAAAGAUGAUCUACAAAAUGUAGCUACAAUGGCUGCAACUGCAACAGCUAGUGGUGGAAAAUUUGACAAGAAGUUGUCUGGAGAAAAGCCCGAAAAACACAAGGGAAAAUAUUGCAAGUUCCUGCCAGUGGUGGAAGGAAAAGGAAUGGGCUCACAAGAGAGGCAGCAAACUGAAAAAGUUUUGAAUAAGCUGAUUUCCAAGAAUUCCCAUGAGAUGCUCAAUGUUCAUAAGGCUGCUACAGUGCACAAAGUGAGGGAAGAGAAGAAACGUGGGAAUCAACAAGGGAAGCCUUCGUCGAGCUCGAGCAAAUUGAAGCCCAAGAAGAAACUCCACAAGAAAUCAUCCAAGGGGUCCUCGAAGAAAGGAAAGUCACAAUGAAUGUUUUUGUACUCCAAUUUUGUCUAGUGGAAAGAGUACUAUCUUUUCAUUCUAAUGUUCUAUUUAUCAGUACAGAAGUUUUUAUAUUAA